AUGUCAAGCUACGAGACCAAAGGCAAGUACGCCAUUGUCACCGGAGCUGGCUCUGGAAUCAACCUAGCCUUUGCAGAACAGCUUCUAGAGAAGGGCUGUUCCGUGAUUCUGGCUGACUUGAAGCUGAGGCCCGAGGCCGAGGAAGUCCUGCUUAAGUAUACGAACACAGAGGCUGGGAAACCUUCUGCAGUCUUCCAAAAGGUGGACCUUGCCGACUGGGGGCAGAUAAGCUCACUGUGGAAGGUCGCUCUUCAAACAUUCCCGCAGAUCGAUAUCGUAUGCAACGGUGCCGGCAUCUACGAGCCCCCGGAGUCUUCUUUCUGGCACCCUCCGGGCAUCUCACCCCUGGCGCAGGACAGCGAGGACGCAAACCCAGGGCAGUACAAGACCUUCGCCGUCAACACGGCCGCGCCCAUCCGCAUCGCCCAGCUCGCCAUCGAUUACUGGCUGCAGAACCGAAACGUCCAAGGGAACAUCAUCUGGAUUGCGAGCUUGGCGGCCUACGUUCACAGCCUCCACGUGCCCAUCUACCUCGCGAGCAAGGCGGCCAUCGCCAGCUUCGUCAGGUCCGUGGGGGUGCUGAAGAAACAUUUCGGCAUCCGCAACGCGGCCAUCUGCCCGGGCAGGGUGCAUACCCCCCUCUUCGGGGAUAAGGCCCGCCCCGACGAGCUGGGCAUGACGCCGGAGCAGUGUGCCUCGGUCAUGAUGCGAGUGCUUACCGAGCCUCAGUACGGCGACGGCAACAUCAUUGAGGCGAUGAUGGUUGGUGCGAAGGAAGACCCUAAGCUCAACGUCCGCGAGGUCCCGAUGGAGGCGUUGUACCCUACCACGGGAACUUUCAGCGAUCAGAAUUAUCUUUUAGAUGAGGAGGCAAAGAUUGUGAGACAGCUGCAGGAACAUGGUAUGAAAUAA